AUCCUCUUUGACUCGGCUCCCAAUGAGAAGAGAUAUAAAGAAGUGAUCGAGGUCUGUCAGCUACAGCCAGAUAUUGAUACACUACCACAGGGUGACCAAACAGUGAUCGGAGAAAGGGGCAUCAUUCUCUGUGGAGGCCAGCGCCAGCGAAUCAGCAUAGCUCGAGCUCUGUAUCAGCACACAAAUGUAGUUUUCCUGGAUGACCCAUUUUAUGCUUUGGACAUUCAUCUCAGUGAUCACCUCAUGCAUGAAGGAAUUCUCAAGUUUCUUCGGCAAGAAAAGAGGACGGUUGUGCUGGUUACUCAUAACUGCAGUACUUACCUAAGGCAGACUGGGUGGGAAGAUUUCUAGGGAUUAUGAUAAUAUACAGUCGUGGAUAAAACUUCCAAAUUUUCAUUUAAUAAUUUCUAGAUGUAUUAUGGCCAUUCCAGUCCAGUGUCAAUGGAAUUUCAACAAAAUCAAACCCCGGGAGUGAAACAAAGGCAUCCGACAGCAAUGUGAAAGACUGACAGCGUGACGAGACACAUAAAAACCGUGAUAAGGGUUAUCACAAUGAAAUGUUGAACUUUUUCUAAAUACAUUGUAUUGCUUGAAAGUGAAUAUGAAUUUGCAAUACUUUGCAGAAUUUGAGGUCUCGAAAC